GCUGUCAAGAUGAACUUGACAGAAAACAACAAUUUGAGCAGCAAAUCUAAUUUGAAAGCGAUAAAUGAGAAGCCUUUGUUGGUGCAGGUACUGGUGGGGAUUCUUCUCUAUGUGAACGGACUGAUGAUGUUCACCUUUCUGAAGAAAGAGACCUUCAGGGACACACGCUACAUGCUGUUUGCUCAGACUCUUUUUAUUGACUCUGCCCUUAUGGUGUUGACUGAUUUAACCCUCAUGGGGGGAUUUUACCAGUAUCCUGUGCAUAUAAUUCCUUGCUAUAUCUUGUGCACACUUAUGUCUUUGCUUACUCUUUGUUCACCCAUGACUCUUGUAGCCAUGUGUUUGGAGCGCUAUGUGGCCAUAUGUAUGCCUUUAAGACAUGCCAGCAUCUCCACCCCCAAAAACACCUUCAUUGGGCUUUUUAUCAUAUGGGGUGUCAGUUCUGUCAUUCCGCUAUUUAUAUUCACAGUCUCUUUUGUUAACAUUCCUCCUGGUUUCUUGUACCUUUAUGUUGUGUGUAGUCUGGAGGUCAUGUUACAGAUAAAAUGGUUGGCAGACAUGAGAGCGUCGAGUCUACAGCUCAUAUUCAUCAUAAUGUUCUGUACUGUUGUCUCCACCUACUUCAAGAUUAUGCUGGCAGCCAGAUCUGCCUCCUCAGAGAGGAAAAACUCAACAAAAAAGGGUCUCAAAACUGUUAUUCUGCAUGGUAUUCAGCUGCUUCUGUGUAUGAUGCAUCUUAUAACCCCUUAUAUAGAAAUGCCUUUAUGGAAAGUAGAUGUCAUGCUAUUUGUAAAUGUAAAAUACUCAAAUUUCAUUUUGUUUUUGAUCUUGCCUCGUUGUCUGAGUUCCUUAGUUUAUGGAUUACGAGACAAAAAGUUUUCCAAUGCUCUUAAAUAUUAUGUCUUUUGUGGCAUUUUGGUUUGUAAUAAGCACAAAAUAAGAGAUGAUAAAACUUUUAGAGGUGUAGUAAACAUUUCCAUAAAUAAUUAA